AUGGAGCAAUAUCUGAGCCGCAACUUGACAUCCACGGGCAGACCCAGCGACAGCAAGAGCAGCGCGUUAAAGCUCCCACAUAAUGUGGAAAUACUGUUAGCCGAGGUUUUGCCCUCGGAUGAUAUGCUGGAUCGACCAGCGUUCGAUGCGCGUGAAUUCAUUAACCGCAACUUCCCGGACGAAAAAAGCUUAAGUGAUAUUAAUGACUUCGUCAGUCGACUUCGUGGGCGUAUGAAAGAGCUGGAUGACUCGCUUUCACAGGCAUCGCAGGACCAGAGUCUGGCAGCCCACCAGGCGCUUGUGGAUUUAAAAAAAGCCAAAAUGGCAACCAAACAGCUCUUUCAAAACAUUCAUGACAUUCAAGAAAAGGCAACGCAGUCAGAGGUUAUGGUAAAGACAAUAUGUCGCGACAUCAAACAGCUCGAUUACGCCAAGCGUAAUCUGCAAACUACGCUUACAGCGCUAAAGCGAUUACAUAUGCUGGUUAACGCAGUGGACCAGCUCGAGUUUAUGUCCUCGCAGCGCAACUACCUCGAGACUGCUUCCCUUCUUGAAGCAGUUAACCAAUUGUUUACACACUUUGAUGGCUAUACUAAUGUCAGCAAGAUUAUUGAACUUCAUAAAACAGUGCGCACGCUGCAGGAAGAGCUCAUAGGACAGGUUUUUGCUGACUUUUUAUCGAUUGGACCGAUGGAGUUGUUGGAAAAAAACUUUACAACAGAAGAAGAGCAGAAGGCUGUAUAUGCUAACCUUUCGGCGGCAUGUGCCAUUGUGGAUGCAUUAGGCAAAGCAACCCGCGAAAAACUUAUCCAUUUGUUUUGUGAUAUGCAGUUGUUGUCGUAUGAGAGACAAUACGGCGAGGGUGGCGACAUUGGCAAAUGGCCAGAAGAAUCUGUAUCCAAUUUUGCGAGCGUACGCGCGCACAUUUUGCUCGUUCAAAUUGGGGUGCAUACUCCGGACAAAAUGGACGUGACAUUAUUGCUUAAGCUGCUUCAGCGUACGAUCAUGUUUGAGCGCGACACAGCCCAGAGGUUUGAAUGUGAUAAAGAAGAUGAUGAACAAGAGGAAACAGAGCUGGGUGACAACGGCGAGAUUAUUGAUUUAUAUUCUACUGAAGGUAUUAAAAGGAAAUAUUGGCGGAAAAGACGUGAAGCUAAAAUUAAGGCCCAAAAAGAAGAGAAUGAGGGAAAUGGCGCGUUCUCAGGCGACAAAAGCGAACGUCUACCACCAAUUCGAGGAAUUGUCUCUCGUUCAUUUGAUCCAUUCAUGACAGCUUAUGUUGCGCUGGAGCGCAAGAAUAUGGAACAGAUGAUCAAUGAAGUAAUGAGCACAGACCUUAUGGAACGAAAUGGCCAGCUGCCCGUAUUUUCGAGCUCGAUGAACAUGUUUGCCUACAUCCGCAAUUCAAUCAAGCGGUAUUCCUUGAGCAGUAGUGCAAGUACCAAGGUAAGGCUUUGCGACAAACAGGAAGAAGAGCUUUGUUUUGUGAUUAAUACAGCAGAGUACUGCGCUGAGACCCUUUCGUCUUUAGAAGAAGUAAUUCGUGCCACGAUAGAUAAGACAUUCAGCGAAGCUAUAAUGCUUUCCCAAGAAAUUAAUACAUUUCACGAUGUGGGUGCUGCCGCAAUGAAGUGCAUCGUGACUGGAUUGGAAACGCUGUUGGACGAUGAACUAGUGACACUUUACAAAGCAAAUUGGCGAGCAUGGGAUACUGUGGGUGACGAAAGCAUGUACGUGAUGCAAAUGGGUGAGAAGCUGCGGGCAUUUGUGCCGGUGCUGCGCCAAAUGCUGUCUAAAUUGUAUUUUACGAACUUUUGCGACAAAUUUGCUGCCUCGUUUGUGCCCAAGAUCCUGCAGGCCGUGAUGAAGUGCCGAAAGGUAAAUCAGGUAGCAACUCAGCAGCUGCUACUUGAUGUGUACGCGCUCAAAACACUCUUCCUCCAAUUGCCAGUGCUCGACAAGAGUGUGUUUCCGUCCAAGUCGACGAGCACAGCAACAGUACCGUCGCGCUACACGAAAUUUGUCACUAACGAGAUCGCGAAGGUGGAAAACGUACUGAAGCUUAUUGGCACUCCAAAUGAAAUGCUGGUCGAAAGUUUUAAGAUCAUGUGGCCGGACGGUAGUGCUGAAGAUUUCCAAAGCAUCAUGAGUAUGAAAGGGCUCAAGAAGAGUGAGCAGAUUGGGUAUUUGGAGACACUUGGCAUGCAACGCAAACCUACGGGAAAGAUUGCUGAAAUGGAAGGCAAGAUGAGCGACAUGACGGAGAACUGGAGGAAAAACAUGCAGAACCUGGCCAAAGUGCCGUUUGCAUUUACGACAGGCAUGAAUGCAAAUGCUCAGCACCAGAGCUAG